UCUGAAUAUAUAUAAAAUUAAAUUAUGGAAGGCAAAAAGAAGUAUUUCCCCAAGGAUGAGUCCAGGAAGAUCAAGUUUGACCCAAAACUUCGCAAACAAUCACAGGCAAGAUCUCGCUAUUAUCAUGCACGUAAAGAGAGUUUCCAGACAACAAUGGGACCAUACGCAUCUUUGAAGAAAUAGCAUAAAAACUAUAAAUUUGAAAAAGGAUGACUCUCGCCUGAGACUAAGUGUUGGAGCGAACCGCACCCUGAAACCAAUCAAGAAUAUGGGGUAUAAGAAAGGUAAAAUCUCACGUGACGGAGACCGACAGAUAAUGGGUGGCCAAAAGCUCAGCAUUUUGAUAGAAAUGGAUAACUAUAAAAACAGCAGGAGAAAUCCAACUAGAUCCUCUAACAAAGACCUUGUUCAGGUCAGCCCUGACCUUUCCAUCCAACCUCCUGGAAGAGACAUUACUAAAAGCUGAGUGGAUAAUCCUGAUAAUGGCCAAGUCUCAGAUGCUCACCUAAAAACCCAUAUUAACACUCUUAAGAAGUUGGUUAAAGAGCGAGAUGAUGAACUUUUUGACCUAAAAAUGGCCCUUGAUAUCAUCAGUAGCAAGAAAACCAAAGAGCAGGCUCAAAAGAAAGAAGAUACGAAGAAAUCAUUUGAUAAGACUAGAACAAGUCUCAACGCAAAAAGACCCCUAGUGCUAUCAAGAGGAAAGAAACUCGAUGGUAGCAAGAAGAACAAACUGAUUAUAAGAAACACCCCACAAUUAGGCAAAGGUCAGAGGGGAAUCUCAAAAUCUAUUGCAGCAUCACCUCAGCGAACGAAGAAAACACAUUUGAAGAAUAGCAUUGUAAUAGAGUCAAACAGUUCAUUGAAGAGCACUACACCGGCAAAUAAGCCCCGGAAGAUAAUGAGGGAAAGUAGUGAGGAAAAUCUUUCUAGAAAAGGAUUACCUCCAACUUCGAAAAUAUUUGAGAGUCAAUCAAUUUCUCACCAAACAGAAGUAAAAACUAUCCAAGAUGUUGCCGAAAGUAAAGAAAUUCAAAAAUUAUCAGAAAAGAUCACAGAGCUUGAGCAGGAGCUAGCGAAGUACAAAGAAGUAGGGAAGCCAGCUCCUCUUCCUUCUAAUUCUUCGCUUCUGAAAAAUCGAUCCUCUCCUUCAAAGGAGCCUUUCUCUCCUGCUAAAGAUGCUGACAAUGAGGAUUCUCUUAUGAGAGAAGCUGAUGAAGCUUCUCCACCUAAGAAGUCUUUUAUUGGGGUGAAACCCACAAUUAUUCCUAAGCUGAACUACCAAAAGCUUAUCACUAGCUAUGUCUCCAAGUCUCCAGUAUCCACCGAAAGAAAUUUGUUCGCAAAGCUUCCGACAUAUGUAAAUCCCUCACAUUCCUUUGGAUAUGAGGAUUUCCCCAGCGAGCAAGAUAUUGUUAAGAUAGAAGAGAUCGAACACCUUCGACCAAAGGUGAGACUCGCUGUUAUGGUUUAUGAGGAGAAUUUUAAAUAACUUGAUCUUUGCACCCAGCCCUCUUCUACAAGCUGUAAAGAGCAAUUCGAAUGAAAUCACAAUGAAGAGGUUCAUUGCAAAAGCCGAAGAGCUAAUGGGGCUGUCUCCUAAAGAAGCUGUGAAGGUAGGGAGGUACCUCUUUGAACGAAGGAAUAAGGCCAAAGUUCUGUUUGAUGAAGAUGUCGCCAGACGUACAAAGCUAAUUUUAAAGCGUCUUAAGGAAUUUGCAGGCAAGUAUACAAAAAUUGAGACCAAGGAUUUCUCAACCUUGAAGGAAGAAUUCUUUCUUAAUCAUGAUCAAGGCCUCAAAGAGCAGUUCUUAAGCGGUCUUGAUGGCCUUGCGAAAUGAGAGCAUGUCUCACCUUUUGAUGUCUUCCAGCUCGUUCUUGGCUCAGGACUGGCUCUGAGCGCAACAAAUGUUGUAGUUUACCUCUGAAGAAUGUCUAAUUCUAUGGUAAAAAUCAAUGGAAAUGCGAUUAAAAUUCUAGCAAGGAAGUGAUUCUCGAAGAACUCCAGCCAUAGAAAAGCCAGUAUCGCUCCAAAUGAGUCUCUUCGGCUCUCAAAAAUUUACUCAGAAGGAACCCCCAGGAGUAAGAAAAGUGAAUAUGCUGAAUUAGAGAAGGAUACUAAGCAGAAGAUUGGUGAUAAAUUUUUCAAAGAGCUCUCUGAUUACAUCAAGAAGAAUGACACUUCCAUUUUGGAUAUUGUAAAACCUAAGAUUUUCGAUAAGGUUCUGAAUGCGAAGGAAUAUCAGCUGAUCAAAUAUAAGCACCUGUACAAGAUCUUUAAGCAGAUUGGACUGGAGAUUACAGGUAGCAUCAAGCAAGCGAUCAAGCAUAUUGCUACACCAUUCAUGGAAAACACAGUUGAGGUAUAUACCUUAGUCUCUGUCCUAGCAAACUAUGGGUGCUAUGAGCUAUUCCCUAAGUCUAAUAAGCAUAUUAACUACCGAAGAAUGGAUGGAGCCACAAUCCGGAUAUUCAACAGAAUUAUAGCCAUCAUGGACCGAGAGAAGCACGAGACGAUCGAGGACUUUUUAGGCGAGAGUAAUAUCACCUACAUCGAAGUGGUUUCUCCUUCAAGAACAGAGAAAAUUGGUGUAGUGAACCACCUGAAAUUCAGAGGUAUUCUUCGAGACAAGGCUGUGAUCCCAUACGGGGAGGACCUUGAUGAAGAGCUUCAGGUAUUACUCUGACUCAACUCAAACCGUGAAGACCUACUAAUGCUUCGGAAGAUGAAGAAGAUCCUAAAGGAUAUCAAAGAGACACUGUUCUUUAACAAUUUCGGGAUGUAUUUCCGCCAAGAAUCACAGGUGGAUUCUGACUUUGAGAACCAGCAAGAGAAGCCUAAUAAGACGAUUGAUAAAUUACUGAACGAGAGUCGGAUCUCCAAGGAUCUCCAUGAGAAUAAUAAGAGUAGCAGUGAUAGUUUCGACGCAGGGCUUCUUCUGUCACUGGAGAAAGACUCUAAGAAGGCAGCUGAGAAGGAUGGAGACAGGAAGGAUAAUGAAACAGAGUUAUCCAACCUUCAGAGAUCAAUCACCAAAUAUCUGGAAAGCAGAAAGAUAGUACAGAGUAAGACCAGCAAGAAGAAUGACUCUAAUUUCUUGAGUAUUUUAUAAAUUGAUAUUAAGAAAAAACUUAAUUUA